AUGUCCAACGAAGUGUUAAAAAUGACAAACAUUUUCAAUGCCUAUAUUCUUCUAGAAGAUGGCAGUAUUUUUCCGGGAAAACGAUUCGGUGCCGAAAUAUCCGUUGACGGUGAAAUCGUAUUUCAGACCGGUAUGGUGGGUUAUCCCGAAUCUUUAACUGAUCCUUCUUACCAUGCUCAAAUUCUGACACUUACUUAUCCAUUAGUGGGUAACUAUGGCAUCUUUGGAGAUGAAAAGGAUGAAUACGAUAUACCAUAUUGGUUUGAAUCGGAUCGAAUUUGGGCAGCCGGUUUGAUAGUCAGUGAAAUUUGCGAAACGCCAAGUCAUUGGCGUCAAACGAAAAAACUCUCCCAAUGGUUGGAAGAACAAGGUGUACCUGGUAUUUAUGAGAUCGAUACAAGAGCCCUUACAAAGAUAAUUCGCGAAAAGGGUUCGAUAUUGGGUAGAAUUGUUAUAGGAGAACCCCCUUCUUGCAAUAUUUCACCUGUCGAACCGCCAUUGUUAGAUCCAAAUAAAAGAAAUCUCGUUGCCGAAGUUUCACGUGUCUCACCGAAAACGUACAAUCCUAACGGAUCACCCCGUAUUUGCGUGGUUGAUUGUGGACUAAAAUACAAUCAAUUGAGACGAUUGUUAAAUCAUGGGGCCCGAGUAGACGUUGUUCCAUGGAAUUAUGAUUUAAAAACRGCUGAAUACGAUGGCUUGUUUUUAACUAAUGGACCCGGUGAUCCAAACAUGUGCAAGACGACCAUCGAAAAUCUUUCCAACGUUUUGGCGUGUCCGAAUAAAAAACCUAUUUUUGGUAUAUGCUUGGGACACCAGUUACUUUCGAUAGCUGCUGGUUGUACUACUUAUAAAAUGAGUUAUGGGAACCGUGGUCAUAAUCAACCAGCAACUCAUCACGAAACUGGACGUUGCUGCAUGACUUCUCAGAAUCAUGGAUUUGCAGUAGAUGCCAAUAAUUUACCUGCCAAUUGGGAAAUAUUAUUCACCAACACCAAUGAUAAGAGCAACGAAGGUAUCGUUCAUUCAACGUUACCAUAUAUAUCAGUACAGUUCCAUCCGGAACACAGUGCUGGUCCGCAAGACCUUGAAUGUCUUUUUGACGUCUUUUUAGAGACGGUAAUAGACUAUAUGAAUGGUCAUCCGCAAAUAACUGUCAAAGACAGGCUCAAUAAAAUAUUGAAAUGUGAAGCGUCGCAAAAAGUCGACAAAUUUCAUCCGAAAAAAGUUCUUAUUUUGGGAUCAGGAGGACUUAGCAUUGGUCAAGCUGGUGAAUUCGAUUAUUCUGGUUCACAAGCCAUCAAAGCAUUGCAAGAAGAAUGCAUCCAAACACUUCUAAUAAAUCCUAAUAUUGCAACAGUGCAAACUACCAAAGGGAUGGCUGACAAAGUUUACUUUUUACCAAUCAUUCCGGAUUACGUUGAACAAGUAAUACGCUCGGAAAGACCCGAUGGAGUGUUAUUAACAUUUGGUGGACAAACUGCAUUAAACUGCGGAGUUGAAUUAGAGAGAACCGGUGUAUUCGCAAAAUACAAUGUUAAAAUUUUAGGCACACCGAUCGAAUCUAUCAUACAAACGGAAGACCGAAAAAUAUUUGCCGAACGUAUCGGUGAGAUUCAAGAAAAAGUUGCACCGAGUGUAGCUGUAUAUUCCAUAAAGGAGGCCUUAGACGCAGCUAAAAUACUCGGUUAUCCGGUUAUGGCAAGAGCAGCGUUUUCUCUGGGUGGUCUCGGUUCAGGUUUCGCUAAUACACAAGACGAAUUAAAAACAUUAGCGCAACAGGCGCUCUCCCAAUCGAAUCAACUUAUCAUAGAUAAAUCAUUGAAGGGUUGGAAGGAAGUUGAAUACGAAGUAGUACGAGAUGCAUACGACAAUUGUAUUGCAGUUUGCAACAUGGAGAACAUCGAUCCGCUUGGAAUUCACACUGGUGAAUCAAUUGUCGUUACACCUAGUCAAACUCUGUCGAAUCGAGAAUAUAACAUGCUUCGUACUACGGCCAUCAAAGUGAUCAGACAUUUUGGAAUAGUAGGAGAAUGUAAUAUUCAAUACGCUUUAAACCCAAAUUCCGAAGAGUAUUUCAUUAUUGAAGUUAAUGCAAGAUUAUCGAGAAGUUCUGCUUUGGCUAGCAAAGCAACCGGUUAUCCUCUUGCUUAUGUAGCUGCCAAAUUAGCACUGAGUUAUCAUUUACCGGAUAUUCAUAAUUCCGUAACUGGACGAACAACAGCUUGUUUCGAGCCUAGCUUGGAUUAUUGCGUUGUAAAAAUUCCAAGAUGGGAUCUGAGCAAAUUCCAACGAGUCAGCACAAAAAUUGGUAGUUCUAUGAAAAGCGUAGGCGAGGUAAUGGCGAUUGGUCGCAAAUUUGAGGAAGCUUUCCAAAAAGCAUUGAGAAUGGUUGACGAAAAUGUUAAUGGUUUCGAUCCGUAUAUCAAAUCUGUCAACGACGAGGAAUUGGAAAAACCUACGGACAAGAGAAUUUUUGUUCUAGCUGCUUCCCUAAAAGCUGGAUAUUCUAUGGAUCGUCUCUACGAACUAACAAAAAUAGAUCGUUGGUUUCUGCAAAAAAUGAAGAACAUAAUCGACCUAUAUUCGGUUUUGGAAAGAACCGAUCAUACAAAAUUAUCGCAUGACAUGCUGUURCGUGCAAAACAAAUUGGAUUUUCCGAUAAACAAAUAGCCACUGUUAUUAAGAGUUCUGAACUAGCAGUGCGUAUACAAAGACAAGAAAGUAACAUCAGACCUAUG